GAGAUGAAAAAAUUUACCCUCUUGUUACUUGCAAGUUCAACUCUAUGCUGCUUUUUCAUGUUUGUGAUACAGGAACAAAGCAAGGGUGAAAGAAGCUACUUUGUGCCAGUGGGAUUACAAAUUCUCAGCUGGACGGGCCCUCUCCAAGAUGGCAGCGUCUGAAGAUGGUUUACAGCUGCCUAGACUUCCUGAGCUGUUCGAAUCCAGCAAACAGCUUCUGGAGGAAGUAGAAGUAGCGAAUGAACCCACCGGCUCCGGGAUAAUACAGGAUAAAGUGUUCAAGGGACUGGACCUACUUGAGAAGGCUGCUGAAAUGUUAUCGCAGCUCAAUUUGUUCAGCCGAAAUGAAGAUUUAGAAGAAAUUGCUUCCAUGGACCUGAGGUACCUGAUGGUGCCAGCGUUUCAAGGAGCCCUCACCAUGAAACAAGUCAACCCCAGCAAGCGUCUAGAUCAUUUGCAGCAGGCUCGAGAACAUUUUAUAAACUACUUAACUCAGUGCCAUUAUUAUCAUGUGGCAGAGUUUCAGCUGCCCCAAACCAAGAGCAACUCAGCUGAAAAUAACACUGCUAGUUCCUCGGUGGCCUAUGCUGACCUCGUUCCAAAGGCAUCUCAAAGACUGGCUAAAACAGAGAGAUACAGGCAGAAGAAAGAAGUGGAGCAUAGGUUGUCUACACUGAAAUCUGCAGUGGAAAGUGGUCAAGCAGAUGAUGAGCAAGUUCGUGAAUUUUACCUCCUUGACCUUCGGAGGUGGAUUGGAAUCAGUUUAGAAGAGAUUGAGAGCAUUGACCAGGAAAUAAAGAUCCUGAGAGAAAGAGACUCUUUGAGAGAGGCAUCAACUUCUCACUCAUCUCUUCAGGAGAGGCCUCCAAUGAAGCCCUUCAUACUCACUCGAGACAAGGCCCACACCAAAGUAUUUGGAGCUGGUUAUCCAAGUCUGGCAACUAUGACAGUGAGUGACUGGUAUGAGCAACAUCGGAAAUAUGGAGCAUUACCAGACCAGGGAAUAGCCAAGACAACAUCAGUUAAUUUUAAAAGAGUGGCUCAGCAACAGGAAGAUGAAGAAAAGGAGAAAGAAGAUGAGAAGGCACACCACAGAGCACAGGAGUGGGAUGACUGGAAGGACACUCAUCCGAAGGGCUAUGGGAACCGACAGAACAUGGGGUAAUUUUCCCACAACAUGACAGGACUUUGGGACAUGAACAUUUCCUGACAAGGAAAGUGCCAUCUUACCCUCCCUGGCUCCUGCUUCAGCUGUGUACAACGAGGGCAAAGAUGCUGACUCUUGCUUUGCAUUCAAUAAAGUGUGAAACAAUUAAAAAUAAAUAAAUAGAUAAAUAAAUUCAGGACAGAGACCUCACAUUUAGCCUUAAUAAUUGAUAACAGAUUUAACUCUUUAAUUCAGUCUGCUGAGAUGUACUUAAA